AUGGUGUUUGGUCAAGUAGUAGUUGGUCCUCCUGGCUCUGGGAAAACAACUUACUGUAAUGGCAUGUCUCAGUUCCUCAAUCUAAUUGGAAGGAAGGUUGCUAUUGUCAACUUGGAUCCAGCUAAUGAUUCAUUACCAUAUGACUGUGCCGUGAACAUUGAGGAUCUUGUGAAACUUAGUGAUGUCAUGAUAGAACAUUCUCUUGGUCCCAAUGGAGGUCUUGUAUACUGUAUGGAUUAUCUAGAGAAAAAUAUUGACUGGUUGGAAGUAAAACUGAAACCACUUCUGAAAGAUCAUUAUUUACUCUUUGAUUUUCCUGGCCAAGUGGAACUAUUUUUUCUUCAUUCAAAUGCCAAGAAUGUCAUCAUGAAACUCAUAAAGAAAUUAAACUUACAGUUAACGGCGGUGCAUUUGGUUGAUGCCCAUCUUUGCAGUGACCCUGGGAAGUACAUCAGUGCAUUGCUUCUAACCUUAUCGACAAUGCUACAUCUAGAACUCCCCCACAUAAAUGUCUUGUCAAAAAUUGAUUUAAUUGAGAGCUAUGGAAAGCUAGCCUUCAACCUUGACUUUUAUACAGACGUGCAAGACUUGUCGUAUUUGCAACACCAUCUCGAUAGAGAUCCUUGCUCUGCUAAGUACAGAAAGCUCACAAAGGAAUUGUGUGACGUCAUUGAACACUUUAGCCUUGUGCAUUUUACAACCUUAGAUAUUCAGGAGAAAGAGAGUGUAGGGAAUUUAGUGAAGCUGAUAGACAAAACCAACGGGUACAUAUUUGCUGGCAUAGAUGCAAGUGCAGUUGAGUUUAGCAAGAUUGCUAUGGGAGCUCCUGAUUGGGAUUAUUAUAGAGUGGCAGCAGUGCAAGAGAAGUACAUGAAGGAUGAUGAAAGUAUUGAUGAUGAUUGA